AUGCGCCCUAACCAAGCUGGUUUUGAACCAAAACGCGGUUAUGCUGACCAAAUAUUCACGCUAAGGGUAUUGGAACAUCGCUUUAAAUAUCAGCAACCCACCGAAAUUUUUAUGGAGCGAGCGUCGUCUUUGCUAGUUAGGGCACGUUCUCCGUCGUUCACCAUAGGAGUUGACGCAUAUUCGCUAUUUGCUAAACCGUGCGAUGGUUUGCGUCAAAAGCGAGGUAGACUAAUCGAGGCCUGGACUGAUACGUUCAGAAAAGAUUUUGAACGUAUAGAUGGACCAGCAAUAUAUGGACUUAGACGAUGGAAAAAGGAAUGGCUUCUAUUACUGUCGACGAUGGCGUCAGACCGCAUCGCUUGGAAGCGUUUUACUCUUGUAGCUGUUGGAACCAGCCUAACCAGUAAUGACGUUAUUAGAAGAGGAAAUAUGGCGAUAUUUACGAACCAAAUUCAAAAGUAA